AUGGACGGACUUCAAGUCGCUCCCACGCAACAAAAGGCAGUCAACCGAGAUGCCGAAGGCUUGCAGCCUAUCGUUCCGCCGGGGACGGUGUACUACGGAACUACAUACGAUCCUGACCCAACGACCGAGCCCCUUAAAGCACCUGCGAGAAAGAAGACUAUCUGUGGCUUACAACCGGCGGUGUUCUGGCUGUCGGUGAUCAUCGCAGCGUUGAUUGUUGGAGGAGCCGUGGGGGGAGGAGUCGGUGGUUCGUUGGCCAGCAAGAAUCACGACACGAAUACUUCACCUCAGUCAACGGGCACCGCGAUAUCAAGCGCUUCCAGUCCGUCCACUACCCAAGAAAAAACGACCAUGUCGGCGACUUCGUCUGCCCCCGCCACCUCCGGCACCAGUGGACUCGCCUCGGAUCCCUGCCCGGCCAUCAAUCAAACCACCAUUCGAGCCUCCACUGGAUCGCUGUUCUCGGUUCUCUGCAGCGUGGACUGGCCGAACGGCGUCAAGUCGGCCGACGGAAAGGGCAAAGUGCAGGAUCUGGAUUAUCGCACGGAAUACUCGCUGGAGGACUGCAUUGGCGCCUGCGUGGACUACAACCGAGACCGCACCAAGGAAACAUGCAAAGGCGUCACCUAUUCCGCCAACUUAACCGCCGCCUUUGACGGGGGCCAAGGAGGGAAUUUCUAUUUGCCUAGCGCAGAAGCCCGACCUUGGGACAUGGCAUCCUGGAAGCGUCUACUGGUCGCUGAAUUUCGUCCACGGAGUGUCUGGGAUCUCAACCACCCACAUUCCUUUGAGCUCGGUAUCAUUUCCCCCAGUCCCAUCGGCGAAGUGACUUCCCCUGACAUGAUUUGUAACGAAGGGGGUAUAAACGAUGACACAAUGGCGGCAACUAAGACCUAUAUCGUGUCGCCUGGUGACCAGAUCGGGUUCACUGUCAAUAUUGAAAUUGGUCACCCGGGCCCUUUAGCCGUCAAUCUCAGUCGAGCCCCCGACGGCGUGGCCGCCAAUGCCUAUAAGGGAGAAGGAGACUGGUUCAAAGCUUACGCCAUGACCUCCCCCAGGAUCUGCCCCGCGGCGAACACCUGUAGCCAGGCCCGGUUCUAUAUUGGAUGUGCGCAGCUCAAGGUCACUGGACAUGGCGAUGGAGUCCCCAGUCCCACAGUGAAAAUCCCUGGUGUUUACGAUGGCACGAGCCGGGUCUUCUGGUGA